GCCUGGAAGCCAUCCAACCCCCCACUGGAAGCGGCAGCCAGGGGUCGCCGUCCUCCUGGAGGCGCAGGCCAUCGACAUCCAGAUCUCGUCUCCGCUCUCCGCUCACCGGCCGGCCGGCCGGCCGGCCGACUGCCGCGUGAAUGCUCUUAUUUAAAGAGCACUGCACCAUAUUACGUAUCUGCAAAUGGAGUACGAAAUUAGUACUGGACACAAUGCUCUGGAGCGCAUGUUAAUUGAUGGAAGUGCGGAGCCAAUGGAUCUGCCGUUAUCACUUUUAGAAGACAUCACAAAUUGUUUCUCUGACGAUCAGCAAAUCGGCAGUGGCGGGUUUGCAGUGGUCUAUAAGGGAAUGGUCGGAAAUGAGAUAGUUGCUGUGAAGAGGCUAUCCAGGAAUAUGCAUGAGAGUAAAUUCCACAAAGAGGUCGAGUGCUUGAUGAAGGCCAAGCACAAAAACAUAGUGCGUUUUCUAGGAUAUUGUUCUGACACGCAAGGGAAAAUUAUGGACUAUGAGGGGAAGAUGGUCAUGGCGGAUAUACGAAAUUGGUUGCUCUGUUUUGAGUAUGUACCCAACGGCAGUCUUGAUAAAUAUAUUACUGAUGCAUCUCAUGGACUUGAAUGGAGGGAGCAUUUUGAGAUAAUUAAGGGAACAUGUGACGGUCUAUGUCAUCUUCAUGAGAAGCGCAUUUUGCACUUAGAUUUGAAACCCGCUAAUAUUCUAAUAGAUGAUCACAUGGUACCCAAAAUUGCUGAUUUUGGCCUUACAAGGUGCCUCGAGAAAGAGCAAACCCACGUUUUUACUUCAAACCUUUGUGGAUCACUCGGAUAUUUGGCACCUGAGUUCUAUAGUGGGCAAGUCACAUUUGCAUCGGACAUAUAUAGUCUUGGCGUUAUAAUCCUGGAGAUAAUGACUGGACAAAAGGGUUACUCCGAAGAUAAGAAUGGGCUGGCGAGGCCAACAAUACGUCCGACGGUGUGCACAGAGUCAGUUCCACCUGAAGGGAACACUUCUCUACGGCCACAAGGUUCUCAUUCAAACACCACUCUGGGCUACACAGGGAACUACACACGCAGAGGAUGAGGCGAGAGAGCAGCUCUGUGGAUGGCUUCCGGGAGAAUGCACCUCUUUAUUUUAUAUUUGGUAGGAUGCAUGCGUGUCUUUCUAGGGUAUUGAUAAGAGCGAGAGAUAGUGCCUCGACAAACUUCAAUCUUCAGGAAUCUUUCAAGUCAUUGCUUUUUUCACGUGGGCAUUGUCUCUUGGUGAAUAAUUGGUUGGCUCUUCUUUUCAUCUUCGCUUUUCAGCGAUGCAAAUCUUCAUGCCUUCAGAUAGAUUGCUUCUCCUUCA